AUGCUGACGAGGACUACUCGAUCUCUUGCUGAGCCACCAAAGCCAGACGACCGGCCAAAUGUCGAUAACAUGAUCAGGUGGCUCUGGCAUGACGGAUUCUACAAGGGCCUCGUUGGCUGGAGGACCGACGCCGCGCUAGAAGACAUCAAGCUGCCUUCAGGCCGUUUAUCCCCAGAAAGAAAAUGGUAUAACGAGCCGCGUCUGGAAGACUUCGACACGCAGGCAUCCUAUUUUCCUAAACAGCCUUUCCCCCCAGAGUUUGUGGAGGAGAUGGUGGAGAGACACGGACGGCUAAUCCCCAAAGCAUUGGAGCUGAUAGACCAGCUGCUGCUGGACGCUGGAGUCCAGCAGGAAGAAGUUGAUCAGCUCAGCAAGGGCCAGGACAGCCAGCAGAGCGAGGCUUAUGCGAAGCUUGAUAGGCUCGUGGACGCUCGGAGGACGAUACCGCCGGAGAGGAUGGUAUAUCGGGUAGUGUUUGGCAAGCUGAACGGCAGAUGGCUGAGCCAGGAGCUUGCACUGGAAGCAAGCUGCACCCUGGCCGACUUUGACAGAAGAGCGAGGGAGCACGGCCUGAUUACGUGGGAGGGUACCGGAGUCGACACUGGCAUGAGCAUCAAGAACGAGAGAACGAGCCAGAGCCUAUGGCUUUACAAGCUUGUCACAAGCAGCCAGAGUACGGUUGAGACGUCUGAUCAGGGCUGGACCGGGCUUGAUACGGCAGAACACUUUGAGUCCGUGAAGGAGAGCCUCGUCCGGGAGAAGACGAAGACGGUGCUCAUGUGCCAUGAAGAAACACUACGCUGUUUGAUGCUGGCGGACCCAGAGCCCAAGACGACGCUAGAGCCAUACAGAAUCCUGUUUGGACCGCAGAGUGGCGAGGUAGCGGACGACCAGGACAUGAUCUUCCGCAUCGAAACCGAGACUGAGGCUGACGCUCUUAAACUUGGCUUCGACGUCGACCCAGAGACAGCAGCACAUCGCGGUCACUACGGCUUGAAGAAUUAA